AUGUUGGCGGAGUGCCCUCGUAUGAUUGGCGAGCAGAUACAUGGAUAUGUGCUCAAGGUAAUGGGUUCGCAGAGCGUCUAUGCAUCCACUGCACUGAUCGACUUCUACUCGAGGUACGGUGAUUUUGACAUGGCGAAGAAGGUGUUUGAAAAUCUUGACUCCAAGAACGUGGUGUCGUGGUGCUCCAUGAUGCAGCUGUGCAUUAGGGAUGGAAGGUUGGAAGAUGCACUGCGAGUGUUCAGUGAGAUGAUUUCAGAGGGCGUUGAACCAAAUGAGUUUGCAUUUUCAAUUGCUCUCGGGGCUUGUGGGUCUGUUUGUCUGGGGCGUCAAAUUCACUGCUCAGCCAUCAAGCGCAACUUAAUGACUGACAUCCGAGUAUCAAAUGCUUUACUCUCUAUGUAUGGUAGGAGUGGUUUUGUUUCAGAACUCGAGGCUGUGCUUGGCACGAUUGAAAAUCCUGAUCUUGUUAGCUGGACAGCUGCCGUUUCUGCAAACUUCAAGAAUGGUUUCAGUGAGAAGGCCGUAGCAUUGCUUCUUCAGAUGCAUUCAGAAGGUUUUACGCCAAAUGACUAUGCCUUCUCUAGUGGUCUGAGUUCUUGUGCAGACCUGGCAUUGCUGGAUCAAGGAAGGCAGCUUCAUUGCCUAGCAUUGAAACUGGGGUGUGACUUCAAAGUUAGUACUGGGAAUGCACUAAUUAACAUGUAUUCCAAGUGUGGUCAAAUUGGAUCUGCUAGGCUUGCAUUUGAUGUCAUGAAUCUUCAUGAUGUCAUGUCUUGGAACUCACUGAUUCAUGGCCUCGCACAGCAUGGAGACGCAAACUUGGUACGGGAGGCAUUCAUUGAGAUGUGUUCAAGUGGUUGGCAGCCAGACGAUUCAACAUUUCUGGCAGUCCUGGUAGGGUGCAAUCAUGCAGGCCUGGUAAAGGAAGGGGAGACAUUCUUCAGACUAAUGACUCAUCAAUAUGGUCUCACACCGACCCCUUCUCACUAUGCAUGCAUGAUCGACAUGCUGGGUCGAAAUGGCAGAUUCGAUGAAGCGCUACGCAUGAUCGAAAAUAUGCCAUUUGAGCCUGAUGUUUUGAUCUGGAAGACACUAUUAGCAUCGUGCAAGCUGCACAGGAAUCUUGACAUUGGGAAGCUCGCAGCAGACAAGCUGAUGGAGCUUUCAGAAAGAGACUCCGCGAGCUACGUGCUGAUGUCAAACCUGUACGCGAUGCACGAAGAAUGGCAGGAUGCCGAGAGGGUGCGUCGGAGGAUGGAUGAAAUUGGGGUGAAGAAGGAUGCCGGUUGGAGCUGGAUCGAGGUCAAGAACGAGGUCAGCACCUUUGUUGCAAGAGACACGUCUCAUCCAGACUCCGCAUCCAUCUAUCAGAUGCUUGCAGAGCUCGUUGUUGUGCUGCGAGAUACAGAGUUAGAUGUUCAUAUGCAGAUUUAG